AUGUCUCAGAUAUGCUACAAGCGACUUGCGACGCGAGGAUUUGUGUCUGGCGCCAAGGACACAGCGGAAAGCUUCAAGAGUUGGGACUCGUGCAUGGAUAACCGGGCGUGCAAGAUCAUCGCCAUCGUGGGAAUAGUGAUAGCUUCAAUUGUGGCCGUGUGGAUAGUGGGAUCGCUGCUGCGAUGCUUUAAAUACGGGGCAAGUGGGAUAUGUGAGUUCUGCUGCUGGUGUUGCGGGGCUGGGCGUCGCCGUGGCGUGCAGAGACCGAUCGCGCAGCCGCACUCUCAGCCAGGCGUGGGUGGAGGCCCGCCUAUGGUGGUUUACCAGCCGGUAACAGCGCCACAGGACGCGUACUACCGAGGCAACAGCUUUUACGAUGAGCGCAGCAGCGUCAAGGAGCUCGAGCAGGAUUUCGACCUGGAGGCGCAGAGGCCCGAAAAUAAGCGGCGUGCGGCUGGCGCGCACAGAAUAUCGGGCGGCCGCGAGGCAGUACCUCUGGUGUACGACGAAGAUCCACGCGAGGACCAUGAGCUCUCUGUGUAUCACCCCCGUCUGACCACGAACGUUGCCCCACAAGGCUACACUACGCAGACGCCCUAUCCAAAGGACGAGCAGCAGUCUUACAGCAAGACCUAUCGACACGGAAACUACUAG